AUGGCAGCAAGUAAUUUGGAUGCAACUGCCACAAAAAGGAAAGUGGAAUGUACUGUUACGCCAGAACUCUCAGCAUUCUGGGAAAACAACCCCAAGGGAUGGUUUGCUCAGGUAGAAGCUGUAUUUCGCUUAGCAAACAUCGAGCAGUCCCUAACAAAACUCGAAUACAUAUCGUCAGUUCUUACCGACAAACAAUCGCAGCCCAUUAUCGACAUAAUUACAGAGCCACCCGAGGUAGAACCAUAUGAAAAAGCAAAAGCCCAAUUAAUAAAAAAAUUCAGCUAUGACCCGAAAAAUAUACGCACUUUCGACAAUGUAGAAAUAGGCUCAAGACCAACAGAUAUGUUGCGACGAAUGAAGGAAUUGGCGCCAGAGCUGAACGAAAGCGCGAUGCGUACAGUUUUUCUCGAUAAACUUCCACGUCGAGUAAGAGAGUUUGCUCGUUGUCUAACGAAGUUAGACCUACACGAACUGGCGGAAACAGCAGACAUCAUUGAAAAGAGUCUCCGUCCAUCUGCAGAAGAGGGAUUAAAAUAUGAUUGUCAUUGGAUGAUAAAGCUAGCACUCAAUAAUUUGAUAAAUGAAGUAAAAUCUUCGAGAGAGUGUUUCGAAGAGUAUAUAUAUGGACAAGGUUCAGAAGAGCAGAGCUCAUCAGAAUUUUCAGACGAACGAAUCUGUUAUUACCAUUGGAAAUUUGGCGAUAAUGCUUUCAAAUGCCGAGGUCGGUGCGAUUAUAAUGCAUAG